UAAACUGGUCAGAGCUCGCGCGCGUCGAGGAAGGUCGAGUGCGUUGCGUCGUCGGGUUGAGUGCAGGACGGGUGAUUUGGUGAGAUCGUGACAAGUGCCAUCGCGCGAUUUUGAGUGAAGAGAAGCUCGAUCAAGUGGAAUUCCGACAGCGAUCGUAUCAAAGAACGACAAUGUCCGUGAUUAUGGAUUGUUAUCGUCAGUAGCGGGCGCUACGCGUGAGGCACUGUGUCUUUGCGGCAUAUACGUAUAUAUAUAUAUCUCCCUCUCUUUCGCUCGUUCGCGCGAGAAGAAAGGCCAGGCAUCCGUGACUGAGAUCUUGACGUCUCCUGUCAAUUCGAGAACAAAACGCGAAGUUGCGCUUCGUCGCUGUGUUUUGUUGUGUGCGUGUGUGUGCGCGCGUGUGUGCGUUCAUUUGCUGCGUUUUUUCGCGCGGCCCUAACCAGAAAGACGAUAAAUAUUUUCCUUCGAGCCCCCAGUCUCGCCAGAAGAGGCGAGCGCACCUUUGUUUAUCGGUGGGAUUCGUCGCGUCGCGUCGCGUCGCGUCAUUGCUCGGUCUCUCGCUCUUUCGUAUCUGUCUCUCUCUCUCUCUCUUUCCCUCCCUCUUUCGAUUCUAUAAGUAGCGGGCAGCGCGCACGUAGGACAAGUAUACUCGCCUGCGACUCCUCGGGGAAGUAGAGGACCUUGACUCUCGCGCUCACCAAGCCUGCUCUGGAACUCGAUCACCUUCCCCCAAAUCCUUAACUAGCUAUCUGUAAUGUGCAAGUACAGUAAGGAGACCGGGAAGACCACUACGUCGACAAUUAAUCUCGUACACUCGAAGAGGAAAGGAAUUUUCAUACACAUAAAAGAGAUGCCCAACAACAACCUGAUAAGUCCACGUAGUCAAAGAAGCUUCCUUACGUUUCGCUUGUACUGAACGACCGGACUGUUGGGAAUUCUGAACAAACGUAUCUAGAUUCGCCUGAACAGCGAGUAAUAAGAGCUCUGGGAUCAACAGAGAGAGAUAGAGAUGUCAACGUUGUAAGUCGGGUAGGCCCGACCGUGGGGGUGAAUCACCGACACAACGUAGUUUCCCAGCUCUUCAAGGUAGAAGUCGCAGAUUCUUCGCGUAAUCCGAGAAAUCGCAACAUUAGCAACAAGAUGAAGCUGCUGGAGAAUACGCAUUUGGAAGCUAUAAACAGUGCCUUGUCCAUCAAGACCGGAGAUAGCAAGAUAAUCGGAAGGAUUGAGAGUUACUCUUGUAAGAUGACAGCCAACGACAAGCAAAUGUACAAACGGUAUAACGCGGAGCAGGGAGGCACGCCGCACGAUCUGCAAGCUUUAUCACCACCGCAGACAUCUUUAGGAACAUCUCCUGCUCAGGGUUGCUUGAGUCGUAGCGUUUCCGGUGACGAAGAGGGUCCAUUGUGCGACACGAUUAGCAGGAAGACAUUGUUUUAUCUAAUCGCAACUUUGAAUUCAACCUUUAAUCCAGACUACGAUUUCUCGGACGCCAAGAGCCACGAGUUCAGCAAAGAACCGAGCUUACAAUGGGUAAUGAAUGCAGUGGACGGUAAUCUUAACGCUACUGCGGGUGACCACUAUCGUUCAUUACGUUCUGCACUUUGGGCGGCCGUUGACAAAGAAAUAUCGUUGCAAGGAUGCGAUAUUUAUAGUUACAAUCCGGACUUCGCGUCAGAUCCUUUUGGGGAAGACGGAUGCCUGUGGUCCUUCAAUUAUUUCUUUUAUAACAAAAAGCUGAAGCGCAUCGUCUUUUUCACAUGCAGAGCGAUAAACCCUCUCUACGUGCCGGAUUCUGGGGUUGGUAGCGACUUCGCUAUGGAUGAAGAUGACGAAGAUAUCUAUUAGAUCACUUACGUGUGACACACAUACACAGAUACACACAUACAUGAAUUUAUAUUUGCAAUUCUUAAUCUUCAAACCUUGAAUCUUCAUACUAUCCUGAUUUCCAUUACAAUUCAGUUAUAUCUAUUUUAAAUACUACUUUAGAAUUUCUGUGAUUGUCAGUCACUAAUAAUACUUGCAAAAAUCUCUUAGACGAUAAAAGUCUUACUUUCAUAGUUUAUUAAGAUAUUGACUUUGAAUACCUUUUAACGAAACUCUCUCGAGAAAUAAUUUUUUUUUUAAGGAGUAGAUUAUUAUAUAUACAUAUACAUACAUAUAUACAUAUAUAUAUAUAUAUAUAUAUAUAUAUAUAUAUAUGUAUAUAUGUACUAUAUUCUAUAUUAUCUCUAUGAAAAAUCCUUGCAAAUUUAUUAGAACAAGCUAUAAGGAUUCUUCUCUGUCUCUUUGUGAUGUGAUCAUGUUAUUACUCUUUGACAUAAUAUUAAACAUAUAUUUUGAAGGCAAAUUGUACGUAAUAAAGUCCAAUAAUAACUGUUA